ACACGCAUCAGCAGCCUUAUUGCCGAAACUUGGUCUAUGGAGAGAGCUGCAGCGACGCCGUAGCGACGCAGGCCGACAUGGAAGAGUAUUUGCGGAGGGUCCAGAGCAGACUCGGGGCAGAUGACCCCAUCCAUGCUGUUUUAGGCGGACCAGAGCCAGAUGUUGACACUGUGGCCGCAACACUGUGCAUAGCACUGCAUCUCAGCCAGAAGGAAGCUUCAGGUGGAGUGUGUGUGCCGGUGCUCUGCCGCCGGCGAUGUGACGCUGUGUUGCCCGGGGAGACGGUGAGGUAUCUGCGGAGGGUAAAAAUUUGCGAGAGCUUGCUGCUUUGGAGAGACGAUGUAGACCUUGUGAAGCUUCAUCACACUGGAAAACUCUCACUCACACUGCUGAGAGAUGGACUACUCGACAGCUCUGAGUACCACACCUUGGAGUCCAGCAUCCUGCGAGUGGUCCAUCACGACGGGCAGCAGGAAGCAGCGGAUGAUGGGGCAUCGUCCGCAGUGACGACAGUCGCCGGGGAGAUUCUUCAAGAGGCAGCAGAGCACAUCGGAGCAGCGCUGGGGGAGACUCUCGGAGAGGCAUUGCUGCUGCAAAGUGAAGCCCUGUGGAUCAAACAUGGCCGCCGGUCAGCACAACUGGAGGAGCUUAUGAGGUCCUUGGAGCAAUGGAGUGAUGUCACUGCAGGUCAACAUGAUGAGGCGAAGCGACAAGACUUGGAGCAGCUGCUGACUCUGGAGCUGAAGGAAUUUUCUGAUGGAGAGAUGACCAUAGCACUCACUUCAAUGACCACAGAUAAGGAGGACUGGCAUGAUUAUGUUGACGGGCUGAAAUCAUUCAGCCAUCGCCACGGCUAUGAUGGGCUGGUGGUUCUCCUGUCCAUCAAUAAUACAGUUCAUCAUCCCCGCCAGCAGAUGGCUGUCUACUCAAACAACACCGAUCUCCUAAACCAGAUCUGCUGUGAGUUGGAAGAGUCUUCCAGCUGGUCUCUUUCUGGUGAAUUGGAGGCCAAGGAGAGUCUCCAGGUCUACCACAUUCCCAUAAACACCUCCUUAACUACUGGUGCUCCUCCUCCGCUAGUAGAAGAAAUACAGGGCCUCCUCAAGGACUUUGUAGACCGACGCAGCUCUGUAUUAGCCUGCCACCCCAGCAGCAGGACCUCCUCCACAGAGGGAGUGGCAGGCAGCGUGGAGUUCUCCCAGGGAUCAUCUGGUAUCAAUGACAUGGAUGGUUCUGACAUAGAGAGAGCUGAGGGAGGCAACGGAGAUGUGGUGCCAAUAGCAAGAGUUAUGGCAGAUGGUGAAGAAGACACAGGAGGUGUAGGAGCUGGUGCUGGUGGGGAGCUUGUAAGCCCUGAUAGUGGUAUGACCACCAUCCGCAGCAGUCGCUCCUCCAAGGAGAGUUCAGUGUUCCUCAGUGAUGACAGUCCAGUCGGUGAUGUUAUGGCAGGUGGAGGGCCAGCAGCAGGGCCAGGAGGACACUUUCUGAGAAACCCUUCUCCCCUGGGAUUGUUAUCCCUUUCCCCUCCUUGUCCACCGGAGAGGAGGAAGCACCACUCUGGCAGAAAUAAGAGUGAUAACUUUGACCUGUUUAGUUUUGACCCACUACAUAGCAGUGACCACUCUAUGCCAACAAGAGGGGAACUGGCAAAUUCUGAUGUAAGAGGAGAUGAAGGAGAAAGAAGAGCAGGGAGCUCUAGCUUAUCAGAGCUUGAAGAGCUGAGCUUGCUUGAUUUCUCUGCUCCCAAUUCAUUGGGCGGGCUUGACAGUAGAAAUUCUUCAAUUGACCACCAUGGUCAAAUCCAUGGGAAUGACAUGAUUGACACUGUGGUUCCUCCAACCCCAGUCAACAGCGUGGUAGGUAGCCGCCCACCCAGCAGUUGUGGGGUCAGGUUCUUCCCAGAAGAUGUGGUUGAAAGGAUCAAUGGUCUGCAGCACAAGGACAGUGUGUCAUCGUCGUUGUCAGAGACCUGGGAUGAACUUGGCUUUGACACACAAGGAGCAUUGUCCUCAGGUGAUAUUACUGAUAAUAGGACCAAGGUAUCUGAGAGCCCGCUGAAUAUUGUGGAGGAAGUUACAGGGAAAGAGUCAGUUGAUGAUACGACAGAACAAGAAAGUAAAGAAGAGAUCUUAAAGUCAGAGAAUGCCCACCAGAAGGGGAGGAGCCUUGAACCCCAGCUUAGUCUGAUCACUGAGCAGACUGAGUCAUAUGACACCUGGAACCCAGAUGCUGUACUUAAGGAUCAUUGGAACCCUGUUAGUUUGGAUUAUCUGCAAUUGACGCCACCGGAGGAGGAAGUAACUGGAAAAUGCAGGGCUGGUGUCAUUGGAGUGACAGAAAAAACAUCCUCAUUGUCGAAAAAGAAAGCAACCCUAAACACUUUAACGCCAGACACGUCUAAAGAAGAAGACGAAGUGGUACAAGGGAAAAAAGGAGACAAACAGAUUGAGCCGCUAGACUUCUGGACGUACACAGCUCAGAAGGGAUUUCUCAAAUCAGAUAGUGGGACCACCACGUCUUAUCCUGAAUCACUAGAUAUGUGGAAUAUGACAAUCCGAGAUGACAGUCUAUCACCCCUUACGACCCCUGACAACUUGUCUGGAAACUCAGGUUCUUUCUGUGGGGUGAAUCCCACUGUUGAGGCUGGUGCAUCUGUGGAAAGUCCAGGAGGAUUCUCUGAUGGUGGAAUGGCGAUGUGGAACACCACCAUUCAGGAAGACAGCUCUUCCACAAUAACAAGCCCCGAAGGACCUGAAAAUGGAAAGAACCUUAGUCACAUGGGAUCAUUGGAUGCCGGUGAUUCUCCCGAGACAAAUGCAAGCAAACAGGUAGAAGGAGAAAAAUCUAUAGAAGAGGAGGAAGGUCUAAAUAAAGCAUUUAGUCAGACACCUGAGGAAGUGGGGUGGAGAGGUUAUGAGCACAAUGUGAAAAUAGUCAUAGAGACGGCAGAAGGUAAAACACAGGAUGAAGAAACAGGUGAUGAUGAGACCCAGAGUUUUCAGAGCUCUGUCUUUCAGAACUUGCCAUCCGAACAUUCAAAAGAUGAGACUUCCUUCAACCAAGGCACUGACAUGUGGGACCUACCUGUCCCUGGCAUGGUCACUUCUACUUCAGAAUAUGACAAUGUAGGAGCUGGCACUUGGAGCCUGACAUCCUCCCCUGACACCUAUGCUAGCCCUAUUGUGGACAUGAUACAACUGGAGGAGCAGUCUAGCCCUUUUGUUGCUUUGACAAAACCUAUUCAGGUAGAUGAGCAGGCUGAUCCUCCAGGAAACACUGAAUACAGAGCAGUAAUUUCUGACAAAGAACAGCCCACCAACCAGGUCUUCUCAUUUGAGGGAACUAGUGAGUUAGGUCACGUGAUUGGUAGUGGGUCAGACCGCAGUCAGUCCAGGAGAAGCUGCUGA